AUGGAUGCCUAUAGAAGAACCCUAGGAAUUUCCCGAAGAGAUAGAGUCCGAAACGAAGAAACCCGACAGAGAAUAGGAAUAGACGGAUCUUUGGCAACCGACAUCGAACGCCAACAACUUGUGUGGUACGGACAUGUUCAGAGGAUGGAUGACACCCGACUUCCAAAACAAAUUAUGCAAUGGACACCCCAACAUCAAAGAGAACGUGGAAGACCUAAGAAGACUUGGAAGAAGGGUGUCACAAGAGCAAUGAGUGCCAGAAAUCUAAACGAGGGACAAUGGAACGAUCGGAAGACGUGGAAGUUAGGCAUCGGACAACGUCGCAAGAUAUUCUAG